CGGGGACAGUGGAGGUGACAGCGGAAGCACUGCCAGCUGUGCUCGUGGCACGAGCCAUCAUGUCAGAGCCGCAGCCGCCUGGCACCGAUCGCGACCUCUACCGGGACACGUGGGUUCGAUACCUGGGCUAUGCCAACGAGGUGGGGGAAGCGCUCCGAUCUUUGGUGCCCACAGCCGUGGUGUGGCUGAGCUAUGGUGUGUCCAGCUCCUAUGUAGUGGCUGACGCCAUUGACAAAGGGAAGAAAGCCGGGGCCGUGGGAGAGGUGUCAAGCCCUGAAGCAGGGCACAGCACCAGGGUGACACUGGCUGUGGUAGACACCUUUGUGUGGCAAGCAUUGGCUUCUGUGGCCAUCCCAGGUUUCACUAUCAACCGUGUGUGUGCCGCCUCUCUCUAUGUCCUGGGCGCUGUCACCCGCUGGCCCCUGUCUGUCCGCAAGUGGACCACGACCACAAUCGGGCUGCUGACCAUUCCUGUCAUCAUCCACCCCAUCGACAGGUCGGUUGACUUCCUCAUGGACUCCAGCCUGCGAAAACUCUACCCAUCAGCAGGGAAGCCAAGCUCCUCCUGAUACUGCCCUGGUGCCUGGCUGCGGGUUUGCCCACUCCCACCAGGAAUGUGGAUACCUGGCUCCCUGGGGUCCAUGGCCCUGGCACCUGA